AUGGACGGCACCAAGUUGAAACAAAUACAACGUUUGAGAGAAUUUCUGUUCAGACUGUUCGUUUGUCCAAACACUACCCACAAACAAUACGACAUCUUACGUGGUCUAUUCAAUUCGGUUAAAGACAAUCCAUCGCAUAUAAUUUUUGUUGAAGACAGAUUUGACGAAGUUUUUG